GUCCCAACAACAGGAAGAACCCGUGCUGCCGCGCUGGGCUGACGCUUACGCUGACGCCGGGGGCUGAGGGCUCCGUGUUUGCGUGAUGGCUUAAGAUGUACUUCGCCCUGCAUUAAGACUGAUGGAUGAUCAUCCAUCAAUCACUUUGUUACAAACACUUUGCUCCUAGCCCACUUGCUCUCUGUGAGUCCAUCGUGUCGGACCGUGACCGUGUGUAUCAACAAGAGGAGAGGUCGUUUACCAGACCACAAGAGAAGAACAAAUGUCUGCCAUGAUCGAAUGCGCGUUCAUCAACAGUGUGAUCACCACCGAUAGCAAUCGCGAUACUACCUCAAGGGUCCGAAACGCAGAUAUUGUACAAACAUGCACGCAGCAAGACACUAUGGAAAAGAGAAUACCAGCAUUGAGGAUGAUGUGGCUGAGGCCAAGCGCGGCGCAGGACAAGUCCGAGUCGCACCGGCGUACGUAGGAAUUUGCGGCACCGACCUGUACGAAUACCUUGGCGGCUCAACCUCCGCGCCCACGAAACCGCAUCCAUGCACCCACGAUACAAUCCCCAUCACACUGGGCCACGAGCUUUCAGGCGUAAUAACGGAACUUGGGUCCGACAUGGCCGGCUUCACCGUCGGUCAGCAGUACGUCGUCCAACCCACCAUCGCCUGCGGCACAUGCCACGCCUGUCUCGCCGGCAUUGAAAACGUGUGCUGCAAUGGCGGCUUCAUCGGCCUAUCUGGCGGCGGAGACGGGCUGAGCGAGAGCGUCGUUGUGGCCGAGAAAGCGAUCAUCCCUCUCCCAUCAAACAUCCCGCUCGGUGUCGGUGCUCUGGUUGAGCCGCUCAGUGUAGCCUGGCAUGCUGUAUUUGCCGUGCCCCUGACCACGGAUUCCGUUGCGCUAAUUCCAGGCGGUGGACCGAUGGGUCUCGCAGUUGUCCACUGUUUGCGCACAAAAGACGUGCGCAAAAUCAUCAUGAGCGAAGUAUCUUCCUCGCGGCAGCGGUUCACGCGAGUUCGGCGCACAUCACGUCCUGGACCCGAAAACCCACGACACCGUCAAGGUCAGCAGAGAGCUGAGUGGUGCAGAUGGGCCCAAUGUCAUGUUCGAUUGCGCGGGUGUGCUGGCGAGUAUUGAGACGGCGUGUACAGCAGUAGGUGCUCGGGGCACUGUGGUGAACGUGGCGAUCUGGGAGAAGGCGGUGCCAUUCAAUCCGAAUAUGCUGGUGUUUGAGAGACGAAGUAUACGGCGGUGUUGGGGUAUCAGAGGAGGAAUUUUGAGGCUUUUGUUGAGCAGUUGGCUACAGAUGAGUUGCUGUAUGAGUGAAAUGGCGGGAUAUUUGCUGAUAUGAUAAAGGGAAUCUGAAGCCGUGUCAGAUAAUCAUGAGUAAGAUUCAGAUGGACGAUCUGGUUGAAGGUGGAAUUAAGGCGCUUAUUCAUGAUAAGGAGAGUCGCGUUAGAUUCUUGGUAGAGGUUGGUGGGUUUAUUUGUAUUGAUUCAGCGGUGCAUUAAUUGAAUUAUGUGGCUCAAGGCGGCGAGCAAUCUCCGGUAGCUCCCUAUGAGGUCCUAAGGUUAGAGCGCCGGUGUUAGCAGUAGAUGUCCAACAAACAACUAAAAA